AUGGUGGGAGGUGCCAACCUCUCGGGAGGCACCGCGUCCGGCGCGGGGCAGCCUGCAGCGGGGCUCGAUUCCCUCGUGGCGCAAUUCCGCGCUGCGAGCGUGCAGCUCCGCGAGGAGUGCGACAGCGGAGCCAAGGCGCCGGGCUGCGACGGUGACGCGGCCAAACCCUGUCUGGCCAAGCCCGAGGACGUGGCGAUGCUGAGCGACAUGUGCGGCCCCGACACGCCGCGCGAGUUCGUCGUCGACCUCCUGGAGCAGUGCGGGGGGCGCCUGCAGGACGCGGCCGCGUGGGUGUGCGAGGCCGGCGACCUCGGCGACGAGGUGCGGCGGUGGAAGGAGUUUCGCGCCGAGGCGGACCGCCGGGCUGCGCAGGAGGCCAAGCUCCUGGAGAAGGACCGCAAGCGCGUCGUGGAGCGGUUCGCGCACAAGGAGGUGUCCGCGGGCGGCAGCGAGGGCGCGCCGAAGCGGGGAUCGAGUCGGAAGGGCGCGGGGCUGCAGCCGUGGCAGACGGCGGGCCACGCUGCGGCGCCGGAGGGCGACAGCAAGGUGCGGUACCGGGACGGGCAGGUGGUGUCGCGGAAGGGCGAGAAGUUCAUCGUAGAGAAGGUCACCGACGACUGGGACGGCGGCUCGCGCGGGAAAGUGUUCACCAAGGGCAAGCGCGGGAAGGGGUUCACGUGA